CACCGCUGGAUGGCAGUGACAUGCCGCCGGGUGAAGGGCUCCGCUAGCCGGCCGCGAUCAUCAGAACAACGGGCAUCUGUGCCAAAGGUGGACCGCAGGAAUCGGGUCGAACCCGUUGAAAGGUUCCGCCGUUAGCUGGCGGCAAUUCCGUCCACUGCAGCGGCCGCGUUUUAUAAGCAUCAAUUCCUUGUUAGAAUGAAUUGCAUUUAUAUGUAUUUGCAGCCACUGGUGAUUGCGCAUCUGGAUUUAGCUUAGCUAGCUAGCCAACAAGCUAACAUAGCAGCUCGCCGUGUUGGGACGUCGGCCGCGGUCGGAGCUAACUCAGCUAGCUGUCAGUCGGGGGCGAUCGCCGGCCACUCGCCUGCUAAUGUCGUAGCUGACGUUGAAGGGUCGCCGAGGAUGUAAAUGACCACGAGGCCAAAGAGACGGGACCUGGCGGUGCCAGCGAUGGCCUCCCCCCUCCCGCUCUCCCUGAUCCUGGUGGUUCUGCUGUUGGCCGAGUCACCUGUUUGCCAGGCCGGGGACUGCAAGGGCCACAGACAGGUGCUGAGGGGCCCUCCGGGCUACGUCACAGAUGGACCAGGAAACUACUCCGUCAAUGGGAACUGCGAGUGGCUCAUCAAAGCUCCCAGCAACAGCCUCCGCAUCGUGUUAAAUUUCACCUUCAUGGACACCGAGUGUACCUAUGAUUACCUUUUUGUGUACGAUGGGGACUCCUACCAGAGUCCUCUCCUCGCCAGCCUGAGUGGCAACACGCUGCCUCAACCCGUCGAAGCCAAGUCUGGCAAGAUGCUGCUACAUCUCUUCAGCGACGCCAAUUACAACCUCCUGGGCUUCAAUGCGACUUACACCUUCUCCGCGUGCCCUGGCGCCUGUGGCGGCCAUGGCCGCUGUGAUCCCUCCACGUCCAAAUGUCUUUGCCAUCAGGGUUGGGGGGGACCAGGUUGUACAACCCCCCUGUGCGCCCAGGCUUGUUCUGUGAAUGGCCGCUGUGACAAGAAAGGAGAGCGCUGUGUGUGCAACCCGGGCUUCCUCGGGCACAGCUGCAUGCUCGGUUUACACAACGACAGCGGGGCGGGGCAGUGGUGGCGCCUAAGCGAGGGACCCCCCGACGCACCGCCGAGGACGGGUUCUGCUGGCGUGUACCUGUCCAGCACCGGAGCCAUGUACUUGUUUGGCGGGUUUGACCUGAAUGAAGCCCUCGGGGACUUGAUCAAAUAUAACUUCACGUCCAGCCAAUGGGAGAGCAGGUCCUAUGGUCACUCUCCUGCGGCUCGUCAUUCGCACACGGCGGUCGAGUGGGCGGGUAACAUGGUCGUCUUCGGAGGGGAGCUGGCGAACGGCUCCCUGGCCGGCGACGUCUGGAUGUACCGGCCGCUCAGCGACGCCUGGCAGCAGCACGGCUUUUCGAACUCGGCCGGGUCCCCUAAACUGGCCAAUCACGCGGCAGCAGUGGUCGACGAUCACCUCUACGUGUUCGGAGGUCGCACUGCGGACGAUAUGUUCUCCUCUUCUCUGUAUCGGUUCGGCCUGAACGGCUCUGGCCGGUGGGAAGUGGUUCAGCCCACCGGUGGGAAGCCCCCGGCCUCCGCCGGUCACUCCAUGGUGUUCCACAGCCCAUCCCGGACCCUGCUGGUCUACGGAGGCCACCGGCCGACCACUGCCAGGUUCAGUGUGAGAGUGAACAACACCGACGUGUUCCACGUGGACAAGCGCUUCUGGACGUCUUUCCGUUCCCGUCCCCGUUUCCCAGCGAGCGGCCCCAGAGAGCGAGCGUUCCACUCCGCCACCGUCAUCGGGAACUACAUGGUCGUCUACGGGGGAAAUGUACACAUUCAUUACCAAGAGGAGAAGUGCUACGAUGAGGAGAUCUUCUUUUACCACCUGGGCUGCCACCAGUGGGUGUCGGCGGGGGAGAGAUGGUCACUCCGAGGGGACCCUGUGAGGGGGCGUUACUCGCACGUCGCCGCUGCGAUGGAGGGGCGCGUGCUGCUGGUGGCCGGCGGUUACAGCGGCGUUGCCCGGGGAGACCUGGUGGCUUACAAAGUCCCGCUGUUUGUCAGCAGCGACCAAGGCGACCGGGACGCCGUCUGCGCCGAGGCCCUGGACGAAAGCAUGUGCCUGAAGAACCCCGAGUGCAGCUGGUGUGAAGGCCGCUGCAGAGAGUACCAGCCCGCUAAUCCGUGCGGCAGCACCGGCUGCCUGGAGCUGGCUCGCUUCCUGUCGGACUGCCAGUCUUGUCUGGUGUUCAGCAGCACUCCGGCGUCUCUGGGCUGGGCCCCCGGGGAGUUUGGCUGGUGUGUUCAGAACGAGUCCUGCCUGCCGGUGUCAGAGCGAAGUGCGUGCCGUGUGGACCAGAUCUCGGGGGCGUACGGCUGGUGGGGGGAGCGUCCCCGUUUCCUAACCUCCCUCCACUCCUGUCGCACCGAGAACUAUGUCCCGGGACUGCACCUGCUCACCUUCCAGCACCCCCGCAAUGACUCCCAGCCCGACAAGGUGUCCAUCCUCCGCAGCACCACCAUCAGCCUAAGCCCCACCACAGAGAUGGACGUAGCCCUGCAGUUCAGGGGCUUCGUGCACCCGUUGUGGGGGGCCCCUCCACCCGCCCCGGCCCCCACGGAGACCGUCUCCAUGUGGGCUCGCAUCCAAGGGCUCCACUUUGAGGCUCAAAUGGCUUCGGGACCCAACUCGAGGCAACUGGAGGCGGUGGGACGUUGGGCGGCCCCCCAGGAGAGGGCGUCGAUGCUGCUGGCUCGCACUGACGGAAGCAGACUCUUCUCCAACCUGACCAGAGGCAACCAUUACCUCGUUCAGGCCGAGGGCUACCUCAACAACUCCGGCUCAGGACAGACCAGUGAGAUGGCCCUGAUAUGGAACAGGACAUUGCCCGGAAAGAGUGAGAUUUCCUUCCUUUUCCUGGAGCCGUACCGCUCCGGUUCCUGCUCGGCAUACACGUCCUGUCUGGCCUGUCUGUCCGACCAGUCCUGUGGGUGGUGCCCGUCUUUGUCCCGCUGCCUGCUGAGGGAAAGCCCGGAGCCCUGUCCCGAGGGAGGCAAGGCCGAGGGGCAGCGCCAUCUGCUGUUGGCCCCCCAGCACUGCACCUUGUGUGAAGAGUACAGGGACUGCUCCGCCUGCACUCAGGACCCUUUUUGCGAGUGGCAGAUAAACUCCAGUAAGAAAGGCGACUACCAGUGCAGUCGACGCGGAAGGCUGGACGGAUCCAUACGUGACCCGGCCGGCUGUCCCAAAAUCUGCAACCAGAGAAAGACGUGUGGCGAGUGCCUCUCCAACUCCAGCCAGUGCGCAUGGUGUGAGUCCGCCCAGGCCUGCUUCUAUUUCGCUGCCUACCUCACAAAGUACCCCUAUGGAGAGUGCAGGGACUGGUACGACAGCGUGCAUUCGGUUCCCCAGUGUAAGCAGUGCUCGGCUUUGAGCACCUGCACAGACUGCCUGAGGACGUUCCAGUGCGGCUGGUGCGGCGACUACAACAACCCCACAAUUGGAAAAUGUCUGAGGGGAGACUGGGCCGGAGUGGACGACCCCUCAGCGUAUAACUGCAGUGUGGCUGUGGCUGAGGCUCGCGCUGCAAACCCUGAGCCCCAGACCUCGGCCCCGCCGCGGCCCCUGGAGAUGGAGCUGGAGCUGGAGCACUUGGACGACCAAGAGCGAGAUGCGGUGUGGUCCUACCCCACCUGCCCUGAUGUGGAGGAAUGCCGGCUGGGUCUCCACAACUGUCACCCUUUCGCCACCUGCAUCAACACGCCCACCUCGUACGAGUGCCACUGUGAGCGAGGCUACACGGGGGACGGCACGCUGCACUGCAACCAGACAUGCUACAACGAGUGCCGCGAGGGCCAGUGUAGCGGCAGCCCGCGGUUUGAGUGUGAAUGUUCCCUCGGCUGGACGUCGGAUCCGGCCACCCUGGUUCUCAGCGGAGUCGGAUGUGACGUCGACUGUGGGCUGCCACUUUCCUUUUCCCUGGGUUUCCGGGCCCCGGGAAUUCUACCUUCCCUGUCCUCAGACUGGACCGUGGGACCCCACUGCGAGCACUGCCGCCCGGGCAGCUUCGGGUCGGCCCUGGCCGGCGGCGGCGGCUGUGUGCAAUGCGAGUGCAACGGCCACGGCGACCCUGCCCGAGGUUACUGUCACAACCAGACGGGCCAGUGCUACUGCACCCACAACACCCAGGGAGCCCACUGCGAGGCCUGCCUGGCUGGGUACUACGGAGACCCCAGGAACAAUGGAACGUGCUACCGGCAGUGCCAGGGUCGCUCUGUGCUGCUCUCCUCCUCCUCCUCCUCCUCCGCCGCCGUGCCCCUCUCCUCGUCGCUGGGAUGGCGAAGUGGCACAGAGGGGAGAGGCGGACUUUCUCACUGCCUGUGGGUCCUUUCGGUGACGGAGAAGCUGGCGCCUUGUCCGCCCAGACAGCCGUGUCCCCCCGUGGCCCUCACCCUGCACCCAGACUCCCACACGCACUGUAAAAGCUCCUACGUCUACGUGUUUGAUGGCCUCCCUCGUUUCCUGUCCAACGGAGUCGUGCAUUCGGAUCAUAACCUGAUCGGGGCGUUUUGUGGCACGACCAGGACUCAACCGAUCACCGUCGAGGCCACCUCAGGUGUGAUCUCCGUCUACUUUGAGGCCAAUGUCUCCUCAACCAAACCUCAAGGCUUCAAUGCGUCUUUCUGGGUGCGCCGUUGUCUCCAGAGCGCUGAUGAGGGGGGCGAGGGGUCCCCCGCCUGUCCAGGUGGAGCCCUGUGCCAGGGGGGGCUCUGUCAGUGCCCUAAAGGGUACGGGGGACCCCACUGCGACCGGCCCAUUUGCCCUCAGGACUGCGGAAUCGCAGAAGGGAGAGGAGCUUGUAACACAUCUCUGGGAGUGUGCGUGUGCUCACCCGGCUGGGCCGGCUCGGACUGCUCCGUUCAGCGCGACGCCAGCAGCCUGGUGUGGGAAACGCUGCUGGACACCCAGCUGACCGCGAACCAGGCCCACAGGUUCCUCCACAGGAUGGGACACUCGCUGGUGUCCGGACCGCAGGGCACCCUCUGGAUGUAUGGGGGACUCUCUCUGUCCGAGGGCAUUCUGGGGAAUGUUUAUCGAUACGCCGUGUCGGAGCGCCGCUGGACCCAAAUGCUGACGAGCUCCGUGGAAGAAGGCUCGACUCCCGGCCCCCGCUAUCACCACGCCGCCGCCCUGCUGACCAGCCGCGAGUCCGGCUCCGGGGGCCACGGCGCCAGUCACGACUUCAUGUUGGUGACGGGGGGUGUCACUCAAAACGGCGUUGCCAUGGACACCUGGAGUCUCAAUCUGAGCAGUUUAGUCUGGCGAGAACACAAGAGCUCCUUAGUGCCGCCGCUGGCGGGCCACACGUUGACUGUGCGCCGAGACUCGUCUGUGCUGUUGGUCGGCGGUUACUCUCCCGACAACGGCUUCAACCACCACCUGCUGGAGUUCAGCCCUCGCACCGGGAACUGGACCACCGUGUCCCACACCGGCACCCCGCCCACAGGUUUAUAUGGCCACUCGGCCGUGUACCACGAGCAGACUGACGCCAUAUACGUCUUCGGAGGCUACCGCUUUCACGUGGAGACCGUGGAGCCCUCGGGCGAGCUCUACAGUCUGUACUACCCAAACCUCACCUGGUCUCUGCUGGUCCCCUCCCAGGGCAACAAGCCCGUGUCCCGUUUCUUCCACGCUGCAGCCAUGAUCAAGGACACCAUGGUCAUUGUCGGCGGGAGGACGGAAGCAGAAGACUACAGCAACUCGGUGUCUCUGUACCAGAUAAACUGCAACACCUGGAUACAACCAGUCUCGGUUGUCGGGGAUCCGGUGAAUCGCUCGGUGUCUCUUGCCGUGACGAGCUGGGGCGACCGUCUCUACCUAUCGGGAGGCUUCAACGGCGUCACGCUGGGCCGGCUCCUGACCCUGUCGGUGCCCGCUGACCCCUGCGCGCUGCUGCCCACCCCGGAGGCCUGCAACGUCACCACCGGCAGCUGCGUCUGGUGCCGAGGAAGCUGCGCCUCCUCUGAUGCCGCUGAGAGGAUGGCCUGCUUCACCGGCCAGAGUUCCUGUUCGCCGACCCCCCGGCAGCCGGACCAGUGCCGCAGACUGAAGACCUGCAGCGAGUGUCUCGCCCGACACCCGAAAACAUUCUCCGCUCCGUCACAGCCGGCUCUACAGUGCAAGUGGUGCACAAACUGCCCAGAAGGUGCCUGCAUCAGCAGCUCCGUCAGCUGCACGUCUGAACACGACUGUCGCAUCAACCAGCGAGAGAUCUUCCUGUCCAGCAACUGCACCGAGACCAGCUGCGAGGCCUCCGACUGCCCCAAGUGCACUGCUUCUGGGAAGUGCAUGUGGACCCGCCAGUUCAAGCGCACGGGUGAGACCAGGCGCAUCCUGAGUGUGAACCCCACCUACGACUGGACGUGUUUCAGCUACGCGCUGCUCAACGUCUCGCCCAUGCAGGUGGAAUCGUCUCCCCCCAUGCCGUGCCCUCCGCCCUGCCACAGCCUCCAGAACUGCAGCCUGUGCCUGGGCUCGCGGGGCUCCGACGGGGGCUGGCAGCACUGCGUGUGGAGCAUGGCGCUGCAGCAGUGCAUGAGCCCUUCUUUUGUGCCCCUGCGUUGUGAGGCGGGUCAGUGCGGCCGUCUGCUCUCCGGGGGGGACUCCUGUUCCCCCCAAUGCCCCCAGCUCACCCAGUGCUCCCAGUGCAUUGCCAGGCCCCAGUGUGGUUGGUGUGGCACUCAGGUGGGCAAUGGGGCCGGACGCUGCCUGCAGGGAGGUCUCGAUGGUGUGAGUGAGGGCGUUUGCCCCCUGGUGAACAGCAGCUGGUCCUUCCUUCACUGUCCACCGGAGGACGAGUGCGCCAAUGGCCAUCACCACUGCAACAGCACCCAGGACUGCCACGACCAGCCGCAGGGCUACCACUGCACCUGCAAACAGGGCUACAUACUCAGCAGUGUGUCUGGCCAGUGCGAGCCGGUGUGCGCGCAGGGCUGCGUGAACGGGACGUGCGUGUCCCCGGGCGUUUGCCAGUGUCACUUUGGCUUUGUGGGGGAGAACUGCUCCGCUCAGUGCAGCUGCAACAAGCACAGCAACUGCGCCGGGGUCAGCAAACCAGAUGUUUGCCUGGAGUGCCACAAUAACACCGUAGGCAGACACUGCGAGAAGUGCAAGCCUCUGUUUGUGGGCUCGGCCAAGGGGGGGGGCACCUGCCGUUCGUGUCGGGAGUUUUGCCGAGGAAACAGCGCUGUGUGUUUAUCCGGAGAUUACAUUAAGAAGGCCCUCGAGAACCCGGGCCAGUACCACCUGGAGCCCAGCAGCAUUCCGGGCUUGAUGUCCGAGGGUCCCACAGAAGAGAACGCCGUCUGUGUGAACUGCCAAAACAACAGCGUGGGGGACAAGUGUGAGAGCUGCCUCAGCGGCUUCUUCCUGCUGCAGGGCAAGUGUGAGAAAUGUCAGUGUAAUGGCCAUGCGGACACGUGCAACGAACACGAUGGGACAGGAUGUCCCUGCCAGAACAACACCGAGACGUCCUCCUGCCUCAGCAGCCCCCAGAGUGACCGCAAAGACUGCUACAGGCAGCAGUGCGCCAAGUGCAAAGACUCGUUCAACGGCACGCCGGUGAACGGGCGCCAGUGCUACCGGCAGUUCAACGUGGACACGGAGUGCUGCUUCGACCCCACGUCGCAGGCCAACUGCUUCCACGACCCCGCCAUCCGCAACCUGCCCCGCGGCCGCACCGUGUUUUUCUCGGCGCAGCCAAAGUUCACCAACGUGGACAUUCGGGUCACCAUCGACGUGACCUUCGGCGAGGUGGAGGUGUACGUGUCCAACUCCCACGACAUCUUCAUCGUGGACGUGGACCGACACAGCGGGGUGCACGCCAUCCGGAUCGAGGAGGAGGCGGUGACUCGUGGCGGGGCGGCGGCGGCGGCCGGCGGAGAGAAGGAGUCCCCUCCGUCCCCCAUAAAGGUGUGGGCCAACGCCUCGUCCGGCCUCGGGGGUCCCGUGCUCUCCCACACCCCCCUGCAGCUGCAAGGCAAAGUGCCGGGGGCCGAGCGGGAGAUCACGUGGGAGCGAGCGGAGGGGCUCAUCACUUACAUCACCGUGUGGAAGCCGCAGACGGUGCUGAUCGUCCGGGGUGUCCGCGACCGCGUGGUCAUCACCUUCCCCCACGAGGUGCACUCCCUCAAGUCCAGCCGCUUCUACAUCGCUCUGAGGGGCGUGGGAACCGACCAGCGGCAGGGGGAAUCCCAGGGCCUGCUGUUUCUGCGACAAGAUCAAGCCCACAUCGACCUUUUCGUCUUCUUCUCGGUUUUCUUCUCCUGCUUCUUCCUCUUCCUGUCCGUCUGCGUCCUCCUGUGGAAGGUCAAGCAGUUCCUGGACUUCCGUCGGGAGCAGCGUCGCCACAUCCAGGAGAUGACCAAGAUGGCGUCGCGGCCCUUCGCCAAGCUCACCAUAUACUUCGAGCCAGAGGAGCCUCAGCUCAUCUACCUGCCGUCGGCUGGUGGGGGGGUGGGCGGCGGCGGCGGCACUGUGUCGCUGGCUCACGCACGCACAAACAAGUUGGGAGGGGUGGUGGUGGGCCAGAGGGGCCGGGCAGCAGCCGUCUCCUACAAACAUGACUCGGGGCCCACAGCUCACCACCACCACCACCACCACCUCACCCUGGGUGGAGGGGGCACCGGUGGCCAGCACCUGCCCCUGCACUACUUGAACACCCACCACUACCCCAGCGCCACUUCUGGCCCCCCGGCGUCCCACCAUCACCACCCGUCCACGUACAGCGGCUACCAGCACUUCUGCCGCUCCGACCCCUUCCUCUCUCAGCUCAUGGGCUUCUCCUACUCCACCUUCAAGGUGGGGCCCAUCACGCUGGAGCCCACCGACGACGGCAUGGCGGGCGUGGCCACCGUCCUCUUCCAGCUGCCGGGGGGCGUCUUGGCUCCGAAUCGUGCCUGUCUGGGUUCCGCACUCGUCACUCUGCGUCAGAACCUGCAAGAAUACUGCGGCCACGGCAACGGAGGAGGCGGGCACCCAGGGGCCGGGCGCAAGGGGCUGCUGGGGCAUCAGCACCUCACCACUAUGGCGAUGUAGAAGCGGCGUUAUUAUUUAAGGGGACGGAGACAAAAGCGAUGGGAUGAAUCCGUAAAGUGUUCGACAUGUGACGAAUGAGAAAGAGUUCUGAACAGAGAUGUAAAUACACUGUGUAAUGAAUUAAGUGUCUUUUAUUGUAUUGCUGUAUUGGAUUUCAGCGCUUCACGCGACCAAGCCGGCUGACUCUGGGACGCAGCUCGGCCGCCCCGUCUCCUCGCAGGAGGACGCGGCGCAGGUUCUUCUCACAGACCAACGCCGGCGCUCUGUGGAACCCGAGAUGUGCUUUUAAAGUGACAAUCACUCCGGCAAAUGAGAACAAAAGCUUCUUAAACCGGUUCCGCACAGCGUGCACGAAUCUGACUGCCAGCUUAGCGCCGUUAAAGAAGUCCGAGUUGCUUGUGAGAUGUUUUUCAUAUCCGAGUGAGUCUGUAGCUGCAACUGUUUAUGUUGAACAGACUCCCGAGUUGUUUUUUGCAUAUUAAUUCACUGCUCUGUUUAUUUGUGCUUCUGCCUUCACUUCUUGCCUUGUGUGUGUGAGUCGACCGGCUUGCAUUUAAUGACGGUAACACGUACGCCGUAUGGUUCUUGUAAAGAAAUGAAGGAUCGUGUUUUCAUUGUUGCUUCCACACACUAAAAAGGUUUGUAAGACAAAUGAACUCGUGCAUCCAAAUGAAGAUGUGUCCUUUUUAAAGCAUUUCAUCACAUUUUGUUGGUUUGAAAUGUAUUUUGGUGUUUGGCUACUUUUGCUGGACUGCUUUUUUCAGGCAACUUGUCUGCUUAGAUUGUAUUAUCCAAUCCUGGCUAUGAUUUGAUUUAGAAAACAAUUGGAUGUGGUUAAAAAAAAGAUCCAGUAUGGGAAAUACUGAGAUUACAAUGUUGAUGGAACGAGUUCUCCUGGAGAGAUUUUUAUUGUGUUUGUACUUUGUGUUUUUUAUUUGCGAUGCGACUGAUUUACUGGUUCAGUGUUUGUUGACACUUGUUUUCCUUUUUGCACUGCGUGGAGGCAGCGAGCCCCGUUUCUCUCGUGAAGCACGGCGGGGAGGACGCGGCGUCGUGGAUGAAGUCCGCGUGAACAGAAUCAUGGUAGCACGAGUAUUUUAUCAUGAACUCAAUACUCACGGCGUAUACAAGUACACUAAAGCUCAAAUAAUACAGCCCCUAUUUAUAACCCUUCACAAAAAGCAUUAAUGCGUUGUUUUCGUUGUCUCGUAUCUUUGUUUUUGUUUUUUAACACAUUUUUGUACAUAACUUUAGUUGUUUUCUUGUUUUCAAAGAAGGGAACUGUGUUGUACGGAAGUUGGCAUUAAGAUUCUGUCCCGAGUUGACUGAAUAAAGUCUGUGGAAAAUGACAGUUUGUUUUGUACAGAGGAGGAAAUCUGUUCCUCUAAAUGUUUUGUUGAUUUCAAAAGGACAGUUAUGACUUGAGAUUGAGGAAAUAAAUGAGAUGUCAAUAAAUAGAA